GCCGCGCCCGGACCCCGCGCCCGGACCCCGCGCCCGCCCGCCCGGGCGAGACGGAGCCUGUGGCUGGCGAGGCUGAGCAGGGCCAGGCCGGGCCCUGCCUGCAAGGACACCCAAGCCCUUCACCGGCCCCCGAGCCCCAGAGGCCCCCAGGCUCUCCCGAGGGGCUCGCCAUGACGUCAGAGUCCGCGUCACCGCCCGUGGUCCCGCCCCUCCACUCCCCCAAGUCUCCCGUCUGGCCGACCUUCCCCUUCCACAGGGAGGGCAGCAGGGUGUGGGAGAGGGGGGGCAUCGCUGCCCGGGACCUGCCCAGCCCUCUGCCCACCAAACGGACCAGGACAUAUUCAGCGACAGCCCGAGCCUCGGCCGGCCCCGUGUUCAAGGGCGUCUGUAAGCAGUUCUCCCGCUCACAAGGCCACGGCUUCAUCACCCCCGAGAACGGGUCUGAGGACAUCUUCGUGCACGUGUCUGACAUCGAGGGGGAGUACGUGCCGGUGGAAGGUGACGAAGUGACCUACAAGAUGUGCCCCAUCCCGCCCAAGAACCAGAAGUUCCAGGCGGUGGAGGUGGUGCUCACGCAGCUGGCUCCGCACACCCCCCACGAGACCUGGUCCGGCCAGGUGGUAGGCUCCUAGGCUGGGGUGCCACGUGGAAGGGCAGGCAGCAGCUGGCUGUGCACCCCACGGUGCUGCUGACCACCCCCCACCCCAGGCGGCCUCAGUGCGCUUGUCUGUCUGUCUGUCUGUCUGUCUGUGCUCGUGGCUGUGACUGUGUGCUGCAACCUCCCGUGACCCGUGAUGAAGUGAGCCAGGAGCUGGACGGGCUUCUCCCUCUCGCCCUGCCAUGUACACGCAGGGGCGCCUUCGGCCCCCCGUCCACGGUCCACGAUCUGACUGAGCCUCUGGGAGCCCGUGUCAGGCUCGUGGGGACUCGUAGAGACCCCUUCGGUAUGACCGUACCCCUUCCGGCUUCCCCCAGUCCCGGGCCACACUCUGCCUAUGCUCCUGUCCCCUGCCCCGGGCUGGGGUCUCUCCGGUGCUCGGGGGACCCUGCCCUCCAAAAUCCAGGCCAGGGAGGGCUUUGUGGAAGCUUUGGGCCUCGGGCAGGGGAAAGAGGGCGAAACAUGGGGUGGCGUGGCCCCCCAAUGCAUCGCUUUCAGUGCAUUGGCGAGGCAGGAAAGAGGUGCCCAAGGGCGGGACCUGGGGGUCCCCCUGCGGCUGGCUGGUCCCCGUCCAUCAGCCUGGCAGUGGCUCUGUGAGUCCCCAGAGCUGGGCCGCAGGAGCCGAGCUCCAUCCUCCUCCCACUGGGGCGGAGCCACCCCUCUACCUGACCCCAAACCCAGUGGACAGCGCAGCGGGCUGACGUCCCCACAGGCGAGACCCAGCACCCAACAGACAGCCCUCAGCCUGGGGGACCAGUGCCAAACCCAGUCCCCCCUCCCCCUCCCCCCCGCCAUGGUCCUUAUUCUGUCCUUCCAGUGUGGCCGUCCCUGUCACCUGGCGUCCCUCCGGCGUCAAGAUACGUGUGGUGUGUGCCUAUCCCGGCCUGGGGAGCCAGGAGGGGCCCUGGCUCCCACAUUCUCUGAUGAGAGCCCAUUACCUGGUGGUUGGGGGGGGGAUACAUGGGGUCAAAGGCACAAGGAAGGCCCUGCCAGGACAAUGACCUCUGUGAGACCCAUCUGCAAGCAGAAUUGAAGGGAGCAGUGGCCUUGCAGGGACCCUCGGGCAGCACCCAGCUGGGGCUGGCUCAUCCUGCCCCUGCCCCCCGUGUCCACCACACAGGCUGGGACCCCAGAUCUCCUGACAGGCUCUGGGUGCCCCCCCACCCCACCCCCCUACUGUAAGCUAGGCUUUUCCGGCCAGGCCUCCCCCUGGGGAGCAGGCUGAGGUGACAUCCGCGCAGGUGCUGCCUGAGGGGCCGGGGGCGGCAGGCCCCCCCUCCGCUCCCGGAAACCCUCCCAGGCCCCCAGCCACGGACCCCCACCACCUUCCUCACACUGGCAAUAAACUCAACUGUGACCUACUCCGGCCCA